UUGCAGACGCGCAUCGGACAAGUUGUCAAUUGAAAAACCGUGGGGCACUCGCUGAGGAAUUCGAAUCGAAACGAAUUGAACCGAAAAUACGUUAGUUUAAUUAUGCCAUUCGCAUUUUCUGUGGCUCCACAUAAAUGCUGACUGCUGGCCAUGUCUUGGCCAAAACAAUGGGCCUUUGCUAGCCUCUGGCUGCCUUUGCUGAUCGGCCUGCUCUACACACAAAAUGCCUCCGCUUUCAUUGCGCCAAGGGAACUACCCUCCAUAUUAUCCAUAGUUUACUCCAAUAUACCACCGAUCAAGAAGGGAACGGAUUCCCGUUUGGGUUUUGGUUUUCGGUUGGGCCAGCAUGCUGACUUUCAAGUGCUGGUGGAACUGGGUCCGCAGAAGGAAACUCGGCCCAUCGGCGAACCCAAACCGGAUGAUCAAUCGUUCAACAAGCGCCAGGUGAGCCAAAGCGAUCAAAAGGCCCUGGCGCGCCAACUUUACCGCCAGCAGGUGAAAAAGGAGGCCGAGAGAUUAAUGACCUCCACGGAGAAAAACGCGGCCAGCUGGCUGGAGACCUGGUCGAAUGGCAUGAAACCGCAAAAGCCCAAGUCAAAGGACCAGGCCACAAGGCCGGUGAAAGAAGAAAGUUCGGUUGCCAGUCAUACGCAACCGCAAGAUCCCUCGAAUGCCAUGAAGCAGCUUCAGUUGCUCUACCAAAUGGCCACCAGUUCCAGCUCCAGCUCCAGCACCACAUCCACCACUGCGGCUCCUCCUCCUCCAAUCUUCACAGGUGGUUCCCUCAAAUUAGGUGGUCCAAGUGGCUUCAAGCUUCCGCCACCGCCACUCACCCAGGAUACAAAUGUCCUGGGCAAUCCAGGUCCGCUCAAGAGCCAAAGUGAAAUCACCAAGGAGCUAAUGGAUGUCAGUCUGGGAACAGACACUUAGGUUGUGCGCUUAUCUAGUUACUAAUUGAACACCAUAUACUUGUGUAUAUGGGUGCUUAGCGAAUCUGUGUGUAGUAGGGCUUAGCUUUGUUUUUAUACCCUUGCAGAGGGUAUUAUAAUUUCAGUCAGAAGUUUGCAACGCAGUGAAGGAGACAUCUCC